AUGGACCAAUCCCUUUUGAAUCCUGGAGACAAAUCCUCAGCUAACGAUGAUUCUCCUCGAUCAGUUGCUGCAGUUGUUCAAAGCUUUCUGAACCCAGUGCCUGAAAUCGAAGAUAGCAGCGGACCAUCUACAUCGAAAAGGAUCACCACAACAAGAAUGAUCACCAGUCAAGAAUUUGUGGAUCAAAUGCAAGAAAGAGAAGAAAAGAAGAGAGAGGAAGAAGAACUGAAAGCACAGAGAAAAAGAGAGAGGGAAGAAAAAAAAGUGGAAAAAUCUAGACUAUCAGAAGAGAAAAAGAGACAAGCAGCAGAGAAGAGGAGGUUAGCAGAGGAGAAAAAGAGACUUGCAUUGGAGCAAAAAGAAAAUCAAAAGGGAAAGCAAGUCAAACGAAGGAACACAAGGAAGAGAAACAAACAGAUCGUAGAAGACAACAAUCUUUCUGAUGUUGAUGACCCAAACUCUGAAAUGGACAAAGAAAAUGUUGAUCCGAGAGCUGAUAUUAAUGGGGGAAGACAAUCAACAACAGCUAGUCAAGAAGAGGAAGAAGACGCACUCUGUGGGAAAUGUGCAAGAUCUUUUCUUCAUGACUUUAGAGGAGAGAAGUGGAUAAGAUGCUCCAACUGUGAAAUAUGGUACCACAACAAAUGCUUAGGUUUAAGAGAUUCCUUUUUUUCUUUGACAUUUAUUUGCCCUGAUUGCAAGUAG